AUUUAAGGAGAAAAGUUUGGACUGUUUUGAAAUAACAUCAGAAAGCAAAUUUCUGACUGGUGCUGCAGCAGUUCCAUGGAGUGAGAAGUAUAAUAUUACAGUAAUGUCCAACAUCUCUAUUACAGAAUAUUGUUAUGUGCACUGGGCAGUGGACUUAAACAGCUUUUUGACACAUCUUCUUAUGGACUUAGUUCUGUUAUCUUCAUUGUUUACGUUUUCUCUUAUCUUCAGGGAUGCCUGAAGGUCAAGGGAAAGACAGCGAAAGCUGCACUAGCAAUUCAGUUGCUUGCUUCGGACAGUAUCAAUACACAGCAAGUGAAUAUCAAGCUAUCCAGCAUGCUCUUCGUCAGAGACUGGGUCCAGAGUAUAUCAGCAGUCGGCAAGCUGGAGGAGGACAAAAGGUCUGUUACAUUGAGGGUCACAAGGUAAUCAGUCUGGCCAAUGAGAUGUUUGGCUUUAAUGGCUGGGCUCAUUCAGUCACUCAGCAGAAUGUUGACUUUGUUGACCUCAGCAAUGGCAGGUUCUAUGUGGGAGUCUGUGCAUUUGUGAGAGUUCAGCUUAAGGAUGGGUCAUACCAUGAAGAUGUGGGGUAUGGUGUCAGUGAAGGCCUAAAGUCUAAGGCCUUGUCCCUAGAAAAGGCAAGAAAGGAGGCAGUAACAGAUGGACUGAAGAGAGCACUCAAGUGCUUUGGGAAUGCUCUUGGGAACUGCAUUCUAGACAAAGACUACCUACAAGCCGUGAAUAAACUUCCACGUCAGAUACCUGCUGAGUUAGAUUUGGUCAAAGCUAAAAGACAGGACUAUGAGCCUGAAAUAGAGAAAGCAAGAUACAAUAGCUGCUUAGAAAGGCAGAACACAGGAGAGAGACAACAUUGUGAGAUGGCAUCAAACUGUAAGCCUGGUCAGACAGAGGCUGCUGUAGUGACAGCAGAUCAGAAACAGCCAAGUAGUUCCAGGGGCAGAAAUACAGACUCCUCAGCUAUUGAGUGUGAUGCCACUUACCAGCGGAAAUUGCGACAAAAACAGCUACAGCAACAGUUCCGGGAACAGAUGAAGAAAAAGCAUCAGGUUCCAGUAGUUACUCCUAGCAGCAAACAGGCAACAUCUGAUCCUCCUGUAAAACACAGCACUCCAGCAGCAGUACAACAGGAACUAGCAAUAGAAGAGGAGUUCUUUGCAGAUGAUCCUGAACUUUGGGACAUUUCCUUGGAGACUGUUGAUCUUAAGAUAAUGGGUCACAGAAGAGCAGACCCAUCAGCUGGACACCAGACACCUGAAACACCCUGUGGACGUCAACAAAUGACUAAGAUGACUACUCGUAACAGGACACCUCACAGAAUGAAUUACCACAAAGCUUCUGCUAGACUUGCACAAUUGCAGCCAUCUGCUACAAUCGUGAGCAACAGGAGCUGUGCCAACCAGCAUACCCCAGAGCACAACCCCCACAGAAGUCAAAGCCUGAAGAAAAGGAGGCUAGAACCUACAUAAGGCACCUGGUGGUGUCAUUACCUCCAUAUGGGAUUACCGCAGAAGACUGCAGUUGGCUGCUCAAAUUAUGUGAGGAAGUUCAAUGCAUUAAUGGAUUUUUCUGUAUAUUAUGGUGAAUCAACAGAAAGGUUUAAUACAGCCAGCAGGAAUUUAACAUAUUUUUAGGUUAUUACAUGUUUCAGAUGCCUUUUUCUAUAAACAAGCAAUCAUUUCUGCUUCUGCAGUACUAGACUGUGGCUGUAUUACAAACUGAUGCUACACAGAUUUUGCCUGAAAUGUUAAGAGAAUUAAUAUGUAAAAUGAGAUGCAAUUCAGAGCUGCUUUCUCCCUCAGUGUUGCAUUUCAGUACAGAGAAAAGAUUUUCAAGCAGGUGGGUUACGGUCAGAUGGCAGAGCCUAUGAAGCUGUGCUCUUCCAAUCAGCGAGGCUGAGGCUGUGAAGCUGUGGCAGCAUCAGCCCCGGAGGGCAGCCCAGCCGUCUGCCCUGGCCCACAGCUCAUCCUCAGCUGUUCCUUGGCUGCUUCAGGCUCCUGCACAGCAGCAGCAUGUUCAGCCAUGCCUGCGCAACAGGGACUGCUGCCAGAGCUGUGUAUAGCAUCUCGGUGUUUGCUUCGGCCCUUUAUAGAAUGAAUGGGAGCUGCACUCUUGUUUUUAAAUUAGCUUUCAACCCUUUUCAAUAUAAAAAUAAA